CUUUGUUGUGAGCUGCGGAGAGACUGGUGGCUCGAGGAGACGCCGGCGCCAGAGAGAGCGCAGCGCCGCCGGCCGCUAAGGGACUGCGGGGGCCGGCGCUGCAGUCCACUACUGCUGGCCGUUUCCAGCCUUCGUGGAGAGGUACCCGGGGAUGACAGCUCCGGGACCGGCCGAAAGACGAGCAACCGGCCAGAGCUGGGGGUGGAGGGUCGGCCGAGGUCCCGACCACGGGGGUGUCUGCAAGGGGGAAGCCAUCGGCGGCCGGCCUCUCGGAGUCAGACGCGGGGUCUGAGGAGAGAUUGCAGCUGAGGCUGCCGGGCCCCUAUCUGGGGCGAGGCGGUCUCCGGGGCCUCCCUGGGAGUCUUCAGCCCCGGUUCCGUAACCACACUCUGAAAGGAAGGGCACCCCCGCCUCCUGGCAAUGCCGCCCCGGAACCGCGGCGCUGCUGGCGCACCCGCUGGGGGCGGGUUGGGAGGGGCAUGGCCGCCGGGGCCGGGGGUGGCAGGUGUGGGUCACCCUGCCGCCUCGGGGACCCGGGCAGCUGGAGGACAGGGCUGGGGAGAUGGAUACCGCAUGUUGCCGAUGGGCUUCGAACGGGCCGCUGCUUUUUUUUUUUUUUUUUUAAUUGAAGGAAGGUCUGAGUAUGCGAAAGUCUCAAAUAAAGCCUUCCCUUUUGGUGGGAGAGGCCGUUUAGUUCUGACGGGGAGGACUGACGGGGUCAAGGUGGGUCCCAGGGCUGGGGGCCAGAGAAGCCCCAUUAAAGCGGUUGCGAAAUAUGCUGGGCUCUGUCACCUGACCGUUACGCCCGCCCCCACCGCCCGCGAGCCUUUGUUUACCACCGCUCGCCGCGGGGCCCGCGCCGGGAGCCCGGCCCUGGAACGACAGUCCCCGGGGAGCUGAGGCGGGCGGGGUAGCGGGCGUUCCGCCGGCUGAGUCCCAGCCUAACCACCCCACCUUCCCACCACUCCAGGCCUUGGUUUCUUAAUUUAGUUCCUAAUGGCCCCGCCUCCAGGUCCUGUACAGUCGGAGCGAAGACUGUUAACACAGCGGGGAUUGGGGGCCUGCGGCGGCUUGCAGGCGGGACGACGGGGCGAGCUUCGAGUGUUUAUUGGCGGGUGUCUUGUCGCUAGGUGGACUUGCCCUAGCAGUUCUUCCCCGCCCCCUUGAAGGUGAUCUGGAGGACGCGCGAGAGCGCGCGCUCGCCUCUCGCGCAGCUGCUGCCGGAGUGGAGCCGGCGGCGCGCGCUCCCGCUCUGGAGGAUUCGAGCGCAAGGCCCAGCAGCCCGGACAUCCUUUGGUGGCCUCCGCGGCUUCUGCCUGAGUGUGUAGGCAGUUCUGGGGUCCGCAGCGGACCGCAGCCGCGGCCGGCCUUCGGAGGACCGGCAGAUUAGCCCUCUUUAACUCGUGUGGCCUCAUCUGCCCAGAUAGUGGAAGAAAGUCCUCAGGCGAAUUAGUUACUGCCUGUUCGGUAAACAAAGUUUAAAUAGCUAAAUAAGGCCUCUAACGCUGCAUAUUAGAGUGCCUCACAGUCACCUCUGAGGCAGUGACUAGUAACAGUUCAUUCUAGUGGAUUUUAAUAAUUAAUCACUUGCUCUCUUGAGCAGCCUUUUAAAAUCGUGUCUUAAUAUUUGCAGUUACAGACUUUAGAUCCACCAGGUGAGGUUGGUUUUUAUUAAAGACUAGGAUGUAAAAUUAGAAUUGUAUUUUUAAAAGAAAUACCUUGAAGAUAUCCUGAAAAAAUAAGAUUCUUACAUACUCUGGUUUAGAUGAGUUGUUUCCUUGUUUGAGGGAUUAUAGCUCACUCUUCUAUGACAGUAACAAAAUCUGUAUGAACAAUCAUUUUAGUCAUAGUGUGUUGAAGAUUUUCCUAAUCUCUUAAAUUAAUAGGGUGCUUGGGUUUUGUGAGAUUUCCUUUUCCUUAUAAAUCUGUAGGUAUUCAUCCAAGACAAUGCAUCUCUGUAGCAGGUAGAUUGUGCUCCCUGGCCGAAGCAGGAAUUGAAUAUGAACAGUUCUCAUUGGUUAUGCAUUCUUAAUUUAUUUUUAAAAUUGAAGUUGGGAUGACUACAGCAGAAGGAGCAACUUCUGUGAUCCCAGACUGUCUCAUCGCUUGUGCAUUGAAGGCAUAUAGUGUUUCUAAAUAAGUACAAGAUGCAAACCUCUAACCUUUUAAAAAAAAUAAAACCACUGCUCAUAAGCCUGCUUGUCCAGACAAAGCCUGUGACUUGCAGUUAUUUUUGUGUAUACUUUUCUCUUACCUAGGAAUUUGGGACACUUUUUUUCAAUAAAUAUUUAGGUAUGGACUGUAUAAUGAAAAAUAUAAAUAAAACAUCCUCAUAAUGUAUUCUCAUAAAUAUGUGAAAUGUAUAAGUAUAUACAAAUUAUGUUUCUGUUGUGGCUGAAACAGAGUAUGUGGCUCCUUGACCACUGUUGACAUUUUAAAACCCAUAUUCUUUCUCCUGUUAAAAACGCAAUAGCUAAAGUAGCUUUUUAAAAUUAAACAAUUUGUUACUCUUCCUAAAUUCAUCACCCAGGGGCUACAACUUUUCAGCAUUUGGUAAAUCUUAAAGUCUACUAAACUGAUGUUUAAAGGUGUGGAAAAACUGGGGCUUUGAUCAAGCAAAUGCUGAAAAGCUACAUAAAGAAGAUCCAUAACAGUUAUUUCUCAACAAUUAUAUAGUCAACUGAUGUAACAAUGGUACUAAUAUUGGGACGAAGACUAAACAGAGAGGAUCUCGGGGUGCGUGAUUCACCAGCAACAAAGCGUAAAGUUUUUGAAAUGGACCCUAAAUCUCUGACAGGCCGUGAGUUUUUUGACUUCUCUUCAGGAUCAUCCCAUGCUGAAAACAUACUUCAGAUAUUUAAUGAAUUCCGAGAUAGCCGCUUAUUCACAGAUGUUAUCAUUUGUGUGGAAGGAAAAGAAUUUCCUUGCCAUAGAGCUGUUCUCUCAGCCUGUAGUAGCUACUUCAGAGCUAUGUUUUGUAAUGACCACAGGGAAAGCCGAGAAAUGUUGGUUGAGAUCAAUGGUAUUUUAGCUGAAGCUAUGGAAUGUUUUUUGCAGUAUGUUUAUACUGGAAAGGUGAAGAUUACUACAGAGAAUGUACAGUAUCUCUUUGAAACAUCAAGCCUUUUUCAGAUUAGUGUUCUCCGUGAUGCAUGUGCCAAGUUCUUGGAGGAGCAACUUGAUCCUUGUAAUUGCUUAGGGAUCCAGCGCUUUGCUGAUACCCAUUCCCUCAAAACACUCUUCACAAAAUGCAAGAAUUUUGCAUUGCAGACUUUUGAGGAUGUGUCCCAGCAUGAAGAAUUUCUUGAGCUUGACAAAGAUGAACUUAUUGAUUAUAUUUGUAGCGAUGAACUUGUUAUUGGUAAAGAGGAGAUGGUUUUUGAAGCAGUCAUGCGUUGGGUCUACCGUGCUGUUGAUCUGAGAAGACCAUUGUUACAUGAGCUCCUGACACAUGUGAGACUCCCUCUGUUGCAUCCCAACUACUUCGUUCAGACAGUUGAGGUGGACCAAUUGAUCCAGAAUUCUCCUGAGUGUUAUCAGUUGUUGCAUGAAGCAAGACGGUACCACAUACUUGGGAAUGAAAUGAUGUCCCCAAGGACUAGGCCACGCAGGUCAACUGGCUAUUCUGAGGUGAUAGUUGUCGUUGGAGGCUGUGAACGAGUUGGAGGAUUUAAUCUUCCCUACACUGAGUGUUAUGAUCCUGUGACAGGAGAGUGGAAGUCUUUGGCUAAGCUUCCAGAAUUUACCAAAUCAGAGUAUGCGGUCUGUGCUCUAAGGAAUGACAUUCUUGUUUCAGGUGGAAGAAUCAAUGGCCGUGAUGUCUGGAUUUAUAACUCGCAGUUAAAUAUUUGGAUCAGAGUUGCUUCUCUAAAUAAAGGCCGAUGGCGUCACAAAAUGGCUGUCCUCCUUGGUAAAGUAUAUGUUGUUGGAGGCUAUGAUGGGCAAAACAGACUUAGCAGCGUAGAAUGUUAUGAUUCCUUUUCAAAUCGAUGGACUGAAGUUGCUCCCCUUAAGGAAGCAGUGAGUUCUCCUGCUGUGACUAGCUGUGUAGGCAAAUUGUUUGUGAUUGGUGGAGGACCUGAUGAUAAUACUUGUUCUGAUAAGGUUCAAUCUUAUGAUCCAGAAACCAAUUCUUGGCUACUUCGUGCAGCUAUCCCAAUUGCCAAGAGGUGUAUAACAGCUGUAUCCUUAAACAACCUGAUAUAUGUUGCUGGUGGACUGACCAAGGCAAUAUACUGUUACGACCCAGUUGAAGAUUACUGGAUGCAUGUACAGAAUACAUUCAGCCGGCAGGAAAACUGUGGUAUGUCUGUGUGUAAUGGUAAAAUAUAUAUCCUGGGUGGAAGACGGGAAAAUGGAGAAGCUACAGACACUAUUCUCUGUUAUGAUCCUGCAACAAGUAUCAUCACAGGGGUAGCUGCAAUGCCCAGGCCAGUGUCCUAUCACGGAUGUGUGACUAUUCAUAGAUACAAUGAGAAAUGCUUUAAGCUCUAAAGCCAGGAUACCUCACCCAAGAAGCCACACCAAUCCAAGAUGAGAGGUUUUAAAAACUCCAGAGUGGGAACUUGACAUAUUUCCUUUAUACCAUAUGCACAAAAAGGUAAAAAUAAUAAUUGUGGUGCCUUUCUCCCCAAAAUAUCAAUCUUUCAAACUGUAAUAAAACCUUUCCUGUAAUUGAAAAAAAAAAAUAUGUUGAAGGUAAUAGUGUCUUUGCUUGGGCUUUGAGAGUGUAUCUUUGUAUUUGUAAGAAACCUAUGUGAAGUAGGAAAUAAUGUCUGCCUGCAUACCUUUUAGGAAUUUGUGAAUGGUCUCUUCGUUUAUGUAGGUUUAUCUGCAAGACUGUAUAUUCCUUAUUUUGUCAUAUAUGUGUGUGUGUAUGUAUAUAUAUAGAGAAAAAAUUUCAUGACAAGGCUUCAUUUAGGUUGACUCACAUAAUGCUUAGAAUCAUUCUAAAGGGGAAAAAUCAGUUUUAAAAAUUUGUCACUAAAAAAUACAUCCAAAAUGAUUAAUUUUACUGGGUUUUUUUUCCCUAUAAUUGAUAAAAAUGUAAUGACAACAAUUUGAGUAUCAAAAAACACUGAAUUAUUGUGACUUCAUUCUUUGAAUUGGUUUCUUAUAUUAAAGAUUUUUGAGGAGGGAGGAGAUAUAAAAGCAGGUGCCCCUAAAAUGGGGAUUAAAAUUACAGAUUAUUUCCUAAGAAAAAAGCUACCUAAGACCAUUGAAAGGAAAAUGACCCACCGUGGCUCACAAAAGUCUUUAUGUAUCAUCUCUAAAUCCUCUAAGGAAGCGCCUUUUCUUGAACCUGGCAAAAAAAGUUGAAAUCCACUUUGUAAUAUUAUCUUGUGAAAAACUGGGAUAGAUUUUCUCCCUAGCCCAGUAUGGUUUGACCUCAUUAGUAUGGUGCUUUGGGUGAGGACCUCUUCCUGGUUACCCUGUUUUCUUGUGAACAGCUGAAAAUCCUGGGAGUCUCUACUGUUAAGCUGUCCUUACAGGAUAAAGCGGGGACCACCUGUCUCAGUGGGUCCAUAAUUUUUUUUAAUUAGCUAUCUGAAGAAACUAACAGCAGUAGUUGGCAGUCUUCUAUAAUAUCUCUUUCAUCUGGUACCCAUGGUGUAAAACGUUGAUCAACAUUCUCAAGCUUCUAUGCAUCAAAUUGCCUUUGUCUAGAUGUUUCAGUUUCAGUUUAAUAAAGCUUACUAGUUUUCAGAGAAGAAUGUAAAACUUUUUUCUAAGGCAAAUGGAAUAGCAGAAACUACAGCAUAGACGAUUAUUGUUAUUUCUGGGUGGACAGAUAAAAUUUACAACAUUUUAGGGAUGUUCCAGGUAGCCUGCUGUAUUUCGACUUCCCAGGCAUUACUGUCAUCUCACAUCAUGAUUACAUACUCCUUGUCAUAGGGGUAAUGACGCUAAUAUGUGAUUAUAGUGUCACCAGAUUUCUGUUAAAACCAAGGUAGUAAUCAAAAACCUAACAUUGAUAAACUACUUUUUUUUCCUCAUUUUAGAAUGAUACAGAGAUUUCAAAUAAACUAUAUGGCAUCAAAUUUAAUGCUUAGCUGGAAUCUGAAUUCUGAGGAAAACUCUAAAAAACUUAAAUUUUUAGGGAAUUUUUAUUUUUCAAAUCAUAUGAAAUGGUAUAUACCUUUUUGUGAUAAUUAUCAAAGCAAUUUAGAAAACAGUUUUCUACCAUUUUAGUUGAAAGGCAAUAGUAGAUACAAUUGGGAUACUGUUUUAAAUUUUAGAGUAAACAUCUAUUUCUGCAUCAAACUUUUGUAGAUAAUGGAACCUAUUUAGUUCAGAAAUUCUUUGUGGCAUAUGAGAUAACGUAUGAGAAAAGUGUUUUGUAAGUGCUGAGGAUUAUGUAAAUGAUACUUGUUAUUUUCAUGUGUAUUUGUAAGAUCAUGCCCAUCCAUAAAUACAGACACUUCACACAAAAAGACUUUCUCAACAUAACUUGUAUUCUAGUAUUUUUGUCUAUUAUAAAAGUAUUAACUAUUGUAUUUUGUUAUACAUUUAUUUUUAAUAUUCAUGUGUUUAUUGUAGUAAAUUUGAAAUGAAAUCCCAUAAAACUGAAUUUGUUUAAACAUAGACCUCAUGCCAAUAUUGUUUAAUUUUUUUCUCUACAUAAUUUAAAACUACAUAAAUUAAGUAGGCCACCAAGAACUUAGCUUGAACCCUAUGAAAUUAAAGUAACAAUUUUUAAAGUUACCUGAUACUUUACUUUCCUUUAAUUCUUUAUCUUCCUUUAUUGAUUUUUGAUAAAUAGUAAUGUUAGCAUUGAUAAAAUAAUAAAGAACUUUAAAGUAUAAUUAGUAUAUCAAAAGGGAUUUAUCAACUACAUUGGUGUCAGACUGUAUUCAUACUGUCAUCACAGAGUUGACAGAUUUUCUUUUGGUGGGUGAUGCUCAUAGAAGCCUUUGGGUUAGGAUACAUGUAUAUAUAUGUAGAUAGAUAGUAUGCUCAUCUACACACAUUUAUACAAGCACCAAGAAUUUUAUCAGUUUGUGAUGAUCAGAAAAAGGCACAUAAAGUAAAAAUGAGCUGACCUUAUUAAAUUCAGUUCCAGAAGGUUUUUUUUUUUAAUUUGGGCAUUUCUAGAACACUUCUUUACAUAUGAAAGUACAGGAUAAGUAUUAGUAUGAUGGCUUGUAUACAGUCAAAAUCUAUAUGAUACAUACAGUUUUACAAGAUCAGAAAACAGAUUGGAGGUGGAUACAAGUUUGCUAACCCUAGCCAUGAUACCUCAGUGGGAAGGAAAUUUAAAAGUAUGUUUUGUGGAUCAACAGAAAAGUAGUUUCUUUUUUCAUGAAUUUUAAUCCUUUUUCGUGUGUUUCUAUAUGUGAGUGAACUAUAAAGUGGUCUAAUUUUUACAACAAAAGGCCUUCAUUUUCUACUCUACUCUUCCCACUGUCUUUACUGCACAGGUAUGAAAUGGUAGCCUGUUGUAUCUUCAGUAACCCUUUUUUCCCUAGAUGACUGAAAUACAGAUAUUGACUCCAUUUAAACCAGGUGUUAAGGAAAAAAAUGAUGUAAAUACUCAGGGAGGGUAUUAACUUGUCCUUUUUGCCUAAUUGGAGUGUUUAAAGUGCCAUAACUAACUUCAGUUCAUGAUUCUAGAGUAAAUUUAAUUUGGUAAAGGGGCUUCACACAUGAUGGUGGUUAAACAUUCAUUCUUUUAUAUUUAGAAAGGUGAAAGUGUUUGUGGACUGACACAUUUCCUCUUAGUGAAAAUGAAUUGUUUAUGUAUCUCUACUGUCAUACACCCUUUUUGAAACUCAGGAACGACAAAGGUUCAAUUAUACUACUUUUGUCAAUAUUCAAACCAGGUGUGUUUUUUUUCCCUGCCGUCUUGAUAUGGCAAUAGAUUUUUUUUAAAGAACUGCUGUGAGAACCCAUAUAUGAAAAGAGAGGGGUUGAAUCGUUUGUGUGUGCCUUUGGUUUCUUGAGAUUUAUAUGUGGAAAAGUCAUCUUCUACUCUAGACCGUAUUUUUAAAGAGAAGACAUUGCUGCUUAUGUGAUGCCAAGUGAUAAGAUAAUGUCUCUUAAAGGCUUCCUAUGGACCGCCUUUAUUUUCCUAAACUCAAGACACCAGUUAACCUCAACAUAGUUUUGGCCUUAUUAGGAUUUCUUGUCCAUUAUACUGAAAGCCAGGUUUACAUCACCACAUCCCAUUAUUCCUUUUAGUUAAAUAAAUAAAUUCAUAUACCAAGAAACCAGAAUGGGGCAGUUUGAUUGGCCUUCAAGGCAGUAGGUUUGACCAGCUAGCUAUACUUACUGUCACAUCUAAUGCUAGGCAUCAGAAACCACUUGAGCCAGGAGUGUGAAUUGAUAAUUCCAGAGACAUUUGCAACAUACUUCAGACUUUUUUUUAAUGUUUUUUAUGAAUGUUUUACAUUUGUGAGAUUGCCUUAGAUAUUAAAUUUACUUAGUGCUAAAGAUGAUCAUCAUAAAAAAUUUUUAAAAUAGCAAUAGUCAUAACUUAUUUUAUAUAUUGUUCCAAAGAAAAGAAUUUGUUUUAAUGUUUUCAAAAUAACUGCAUCUGAAUUUGUUUAUGUGCCUUAAGUUCUCUAGUGCUAUUUUAACAUUUUUUCAAUCUAAAUAAAGCUUAUCUUAGAUAAGUUUCAUAUUUGUUUCCUAUAAAUUUCUCUUCUUAAUUUUUUUAAUGAGCACCAAUCAUGUGGUUGCUUGGCAGAAAGAGAAUGUUAAGAAAGGUUGUUGAGUGUUUGGAGUUUUAUUAUACUUGGGAGGGUUUUUGUUUGAUACCAAGGUGCUUUUUAAGAUAUUUAGAAAAACAUCUAUCUUACAUUGAUUAAACCCUUGUAAACAUUAUUUGCAGUAUCUACAUCUAAUAUCAAAAAAGUAAAUCUUCUUAUUUUUGUUCCAUUCUUACGUACUAUUUUUUUUCCUCUACAAGCUCUUUUACUUAUCUUUCUUGAAAAAGUUCUUACUCUUUCCUUCCCCAACACCCCUCCCCAUGGUUUCUUUAUUUAAAUUCUUACUGAGAGUUUCUGGAGCUACCUAAGACAACACAAUUACAGAGUUGAACAAGAGUAUAAUGUGCUUUACAACUUGUACAGACCUGAGGCAGCCAAAUGUCAUUUGCUUUCAGAGGCUCCAGAGUCUUCACAGUGGAAAAAAAAAAGCUUUGUAUUUCUUUCUUCUCAAUUCAGUUGCAGCACACUAAUACUUAUAUGUCUUGUUUAAAUAUCCUUUGUGCAUAGUUUUCUUUAAUUUUUUAAAAGUUGUUGUAUCUAGUAAAAAUGUCUCUUAACCAUUAUUACUUGACUAUGGUUGUAUUAAAUUUUAUUUACCAAAA